AUGAAAGGAUUUACCCCUUAUAUCGAGGAGCUACCACGAGGAGAUCCUAAAACAGACCCGCAGCUUUCCAGUCCCUUUCUAGGGAUAUACAAUGAUCAAAAGAAAGCCAAGAAGAUGCAAAUCAUGUCGCGAGGAAAGCAUACCGCUGAUACUGGACCCCGACACCGCGCAUAUCCUUUCGAAGAUCCUGCCCGCGCUGGCUCCGGAAAAGGGGUUUCCUUAGGAAGUUCCGCAGCCUAUGAUUUUGAUAACCCAGGAGUGAUAUCCCCUAAAAGAGAGGUCAAUAGUUGUUGGAAUCCGUGUCACGAUGCUGACGACGUUACGGUCCAUCUCAGGAUGUCUGUGCAGGAGGAUCUGGACGACAGCCUAGAAGAAUUUUGCCGUCUACAGAGGCUAGGCGAUUUUAUCUCUGCGAGACGGUUCUUCAUGGAAAUCCUACAGGAUUACAUAUAUAAACCUAUAAUACGCAUGGAAUAUGCUGAGAUGCUACUCGAGCAAGGCGACUAUAAUGCCCUCUCUGCGGUUGACGGCAGUACUGUAUGCUACGCAGAAGACAAUGAUGGAGAUAACAGUCAUGGACGCUUGCUUAGAUCUUAUUGGAAGCUAAUGCAGGUUCUUAUCGCUUGCCAUAAGCCUGGUAAUGUGUCGCAUGACUACAAUGCUAUUAUGAAUGAAACUUUCUUUAAUCUCGAUAUUAUAAGGCAUGUCAUAACUACAGAAAAGAGAGAGAUAACUUCAACUGAGAUCAAAAUGCUUGCAAUGGCGAAUCGUCUUGCCCUUUACCAAGAGCGCCUGGACGGAUUAUUCUCUUCACAGUUCUACAGAAGCUUAUACCUAAUUCUUCUUAGGCACGGGAGUAUUUGGGAUCUUUAUGAUAUCUCUGUAGCUAGGAUGACGAACCCAAAUCUUGAUGUCAGUCAAGAUUGGAUCGACGACCCAUCUCCCCGAAAGCGCAUCCAGACUCUCAUCAAGGACUGGUCAAGUGCAAUUAAAGGAUAUGAUACGUCAACGACACUCGCACUUCUUAGUAUUCUUGGGUCAUAUAUACAGGACAGAUCGACAGACUUCGAUGAGGAAGAUAGUGAGUUCAUCGAGUACGUAAUUGAUCAGUCUACGCUUCUUGCAAUCUCAGUCAUGGAAAACGACCCCGAUAGCAUGAGAAGUCGUCCUUUCGUGAAGUGGAUGCUGGCAAAAUCUUAUAGUAAGAACACUGGACAGCUUCACCUCCAAUUAGGAUGCCUUCGUUCAUCGCCCGGAACUAUGUUUCAUGGCAAAGGUUAUGUACUGCCUGGAUAUGUCCCACUGAAAAUCGAGAAUCCGGGUUGGAAGGUAGAUCAGGCGGCGCCCGAUAUCGAAGCGUCAGUAAAAAUGGCAAUCAAAACAUCGCACAUUCUCGGCGACUAUCAAACAGAAGUAACAGCUCAUCAAUUACUUAUCAUAUUCUCCGCAAACCCAGCCCAACAAUUUGAAGAGCUUGGUAACAUACAGAAGAAAACACAAGGAGACAUCUUGAAUUAUGCGAAAACACUAAUUUCAAAAUAUCUGAUUUGCGAUACCGAAGCUUCAAGAAACGACCUCAAAAAGGAGAUCUCGGAACUACUUUCUAUUCCAUUAUUGCAUACUUACAUAGGACAUCUACAAGGCUGGGCUCUUUGGAUGCUACAGCAUGCCCUAGAAAGCGACGAAUCAGGGGCUAAGAGAGCCUUGCAUGAGGCCGACAUAAUGUUUGAUGGACUCGACGGUGUGAAUCGAGAAUUGAUCGAUCAAAAGUUUUAUACGAAGCACCGUCUUUCUCCAAAGAACACAAAGCUGCGAACACCCAGCUUCUACGAAGUAGAAUCCCAGGCUAUAGUUAAACGGCCUAAUGCUAGCAUGUCAAAGGAGACUGCAGGAAUGGGCUCAGAAAAGGCAAACAUCGGGCCAAAGACGGAUUGGAGAGAGGUCAUUCACAAACCAAUUAUGACAAUGGAGAGCACGGAGGAUUUGGGUGAAUAUGGGACGAAGGUUCAAACACCCACCCUUCAAUUUGAAUAGACACAUUUCAGAUUUCUCAUAUGAGGUACUAUCCCCAAAGCUUCCGUUCAAUAGAUAUACGAUAGUGUUGUAUGUAGCCUUAUGAUUUGUAUUCUCCCCAAUUUUCCGUUUGCAACGAACUCCCAAUUAUUACCUUGAUAUAGAUAGAGG